UUUAGUCUAUGCUUUAGAGAGUUGUCAGCUGAGCUGUCAGUUACCUGUCAAAUAUUCAAUCUAUGCUAUUUAAUAUCAAGGAUUUGCACCUUUCGCCAAGUAACUGGAAGUUUAUUUUACCUCUUUAACCCAUUACAGUUAACUAAAGAAUGCAGAUACAUAGUUACGUACACAAAUAAAAGAUUUUCAAUAUCCGUGUAACAAGAAUCAACGAAUCAUUCUUCAUGCAUCUGUGACUCAACUAUUAAUUUCUUUGAAUUUAAAUUCUAUUUUAUCUAAUUAAAUAUCUACUUGGGUUUAACCCUGUGGAUCUUUAAUUCAAUAUGAGUUCUAAUAAACAUGUGAAUGUGGCUAUAAUUCAAAAGUGAAAAAAGUUUCGUUUGUUAAUUAACAAGUGAUUUGAAAUUAAAUUUAAAUUUUCAUGUAUAGAAAAAGUGCAAUUCUUGAUGAUUAUUAAUUAAAUGUUUUAAAAAUAUGGCAAGUGGAGGAGGUAGUAGUUUUAUUAGUAAACCGGCCAGAGGUUGGUUACACCCUGAUCAUCUCGUUAGCAAGGAAGGAAUUACCUAUGCAGUUAGAUAUAUUGGAUGUCUCGAAGUCAACACGUCUAUGAAGAGUUUGGAUUUUGAGACGAGAUCAUGUGUAGCCAAAGAAUGUAUAAACAGAGUGUGUGAAGCUGCAGGACUAAAAUCAGCCGAUAAAAAAAGGAGGGUCGAUAGAAAAGUUUUGAGAGCAAUAUCAGACAAGCCUUGUAUGGAUCAUGCAGGAUCAAACAUUGAAUUGACCAUAAGUAGUUGUAGUUUAACUUUAACGAUACUUGAAACUGAUCAAGUAAUUGCUAAACAUGAAAUGCCUCGCAUCUCCUUCGCCUCUGGUGGUGAUACGGAUAUUUUAGACUUCGUUGCUUACGUGGCGAAAGAUAUUAAAGAAUGGCGAGCUUGUUACGUUCUAGAAUGUGGAGGCGGUUUGGCACAAGAUGUAAUAUCAACAAUUGGACAAGCAUUUGAACUCAGAUUUAAAGAAUUUCUCACCAAACCUUCAUCACUGCACCCAGCAUUAAAUGGUUUACGGGAGGCAGACAGAGAUUAUUACAAUGAUUUGCCUGGAAAAGUCCCACCCGAUAUAGGACCACCUCCAGUACCUCCACUACCAAUUUCUGCAUCAACUUUGCCAAAUUUAAAACAUCAUCAUUCCAAUCAUAAUCAUGCGGGUAGCAGUAUUCAAAAUACACCAUUACCAGAUCCAACAUCUAGUAAUUGUAUGAAACAAUCUCAACAUUGGUCAGAAUCAGAUAAUUUAAUAGACUUGAGUUCAGAUUCCCUUCCAUUGCCUUCCAAUUAUAAUGCGCCCGAGCACAAUUACGUAAAUGACACAAUCAUUGCUGCAAAUAAGGAGAGUCGAAGAGAACCAGUUACUUUCUUUGACGCCUUUGAUAUGCAACCUUUUUGUACUGCCAUAUCGGAAAUAAUCAAAUUGAGUCCCGAAUCACAAAAACAUCAAUUAAAACAGGAAAUUUGGUUUCAUGGUAGUGUCAGUAGAUUUGAGGCCGAAUCUAUGCUCUCCAGGGAUGGGGAUUUUCUAGUUCGUGAAUCUCAAGGCUCACCCGGUCAAUAUGUGUUAACUGGCAUGAAUAAUGGAACUCCAAAACAUUUAUUACUGAUAGAUCCUGAAGGAGUUGUACGCACAAAGGAUCGUGUAUUUGAUAGCGUAAGUCAUUUGGUGAAUCAUCAUUGCGACCAUGCUUUACCAAUAAUAUCUGCAGAUAGUGCUUUGGUGCUUCGGUAUCCCGUCCCUAGACGUACCGCAUUUUAAAAAAAAGCUUCUCAAAACAAAAAAGUAAGCCACUAAUUUUACAGAAUUUUUAUGCAAAACGUCAUGACAGUUUUUUUUUAAAGAACAAUUACAGGGAAUAACAGUUUAAUAUUCCACUUUCAGAAUUAUUCAAUUUGCAUAAAUAUAGAGAAAUAUGUGAAAGGAAUUUAUAGCAUUUUCAUCAUAACACAUAUUAUGUGUAUUUAAAUUUAAAUAUUAACUAGGAAACAAUUGAAAAAAAAUAUUCAUACAGCAAUUUUAAAAAAUACUUCUUAAUUGACGUGUCUAAAAAUUUAUUUUUAUUACUUUUUUAUUUA